GCACCAGAUGCAGUGGAUCGUCCAGUGGACAGUAGAUAAGGUACAAAGAAGGAAGAGAAUUCAAGGAAUUGUUUGUAUGUGUCUGGUUGGACACGGACGUUGCUUGAACUGGCCUAUAGACAUGCUUGUAGCAAGAGCUGAGAUCUGGUUGGUUACCACGGAACACAUCCUAGACUACCCGAGACCAUCGAUGCCCAAUGUCAAACUAAUUGGAGGAACAGCUACAGGUCCUGGUAAACCAUUGCCACCGCAGUUUAAAUCUUUUAUGGACGAUGCAAAAGAAGGAGUUGUUAUCGUAUCGUUUGACGAUUAUGUCCUCAGUUUACCAAAAGCAAUUACACAAAAAAUCAUCAGUGUGCUACAGGAUUUACCUUUUAAAUCCGUUUUCCGUUCAAACAUUUCGUCACCAAACUCAAAGAAGAUCCUGACGUCGUCAUGGAUACCUCAGAAUGACCUGCUGGCUCACCCUAACACUCGCGUGUUUGUCAGCCAUUGCGGUAAGAACGGUCAGUACGAGGCUCUGUUCCACGCCGUGCCAGUGGUUUGUACGCUGCUCUUUCUUGACCAGUUCUACAACGCUGUGCGCAUGCGCGUAAAGGGCAUGGCAGAGACUGUCGACCUCAACACCGUCAGUACACACGAGCUGUACUCCACCAUUCUCAAAGUGGCCACCAACACGAGCGACAAGCAGGCCAUAAUCAAAGCCUCGGAACUGUUUAAAAUCGAAUUCGGUGUUCCUGUGGAGAAAGCGGUCUACUGGCUUGAUCACGUGAUGAAAUAUGGCGGCCAUCACCUUCGUUCGUCAGGACAUGAAGUUCCUUUCUUACAAUUUUCGUGCUUGGAUGUUUAUGCUUUUCUGUUAGCGUGUGUAUUGUUGAUACUGAUGAUAUCAGUAUGUUUGGUCUACGUUGCAUUCAACAGUUGUCGCUCGAAAUCAAAGGGGAAAAUAGAAUAGAAAGCAGUGAACAAGAUUAAAAAAAGCAAAGGUUCUCAACAGAUUUUCACGUUUUGUUAAACUUACAGAAUUGAGUUAGUAUAAAAUCUAGGCGAUGACCAACAAGACCAAAAGAGUUUGCUCUAAUUUUGCAAUUUGCCUUAACUAAUCAUAUUAAAGAAUUAUUUUAGCCCAAAUAAUGACUAAAUUUCUUUAAGAAAUAUGGGUUAUUUUAUUGUCGCGUCUGAAGUAUUAUUGAUAAUACUCCUUAUAUUUUUUAGAGUUGUUUUUAGUUUUAUUAAUCCUUAAACAUCUAUAAAUAGAUGUGAUUUCGGCAAAUGAUUUUGUGAAAGUUGUACAAAAUGUUCAGGAUUGUGUUUAUAUUCUUUUUAAAAACCAGUUAAAAUUGAAACAUGUUAUUAUAAAACUGAAGUGUUCGAGGAUUAUUAAAGGAAUCCUUGUGAAGAUACUUCAAACUAUGCAAUGGUCUCUUAUUUUAUACAGAAUCGAGUAGGUAUUUCUUGAUUGAUUUCCGUUUCCAAUGUGCUUGGAGUUGGUUUUGUCUUCGCCAUUUUAUCACAAUGACCAUCAGAGAAAAAAUACAAACCAAACAUAAGAGCAACAACAACAGAAAACAAAAAACAAAUUGCAAACUACCAAAAUGUAAAGAAGUUUAUCAGAACGAAAACCCUACUCAGUUUUUUUUUUAAAUUCUUGUUGGUUGGACAUCGGCUUGCUUUGUAUUUACUCACAUUUGCAAUUAAGUUUUUACCUAACGCUAGCAAAGUCAGUUGCACCUCAGUAAUCGUUGAAGGCAUGGGGAAUGUUUUAUUAUAAUGACUAAAAUGUUCUUUCGUUUUUCUCUUUAAAACAAGUUUCAUUUUUAUGUCUGUUUUUUUUCCAUUUGUAUUUAGCCUUUCAAUGUUUACAGGGUUACAACAGUGUGCUGUUAGCAAAUUAUUUUUAAACGUUUUUACAGAAUGUUCAGAUAUGUGUUUAUAUUUUCAUCUUUGACAAGACAAAACAAGUUUGAAGAAAGGUAUUACCUUCCAGCAGCACUUGAAUAGGUGCAUGGUCGUUUAUUAUGUACUUUAUAUGUGAUUUAUGUAAAGCGCUUUGAAAAUAAUAUUUUGGAAAGCGCUGCAACAACAACAACAACAACAACAACAACAACAACAACAACAACAACAACAACAACAAUAAGAA